GUGAGUGUGCCUAGGCACGGGUGUGCCAGCCCCUGUGGGUGUUCAUGAAGAGUCUGCCCCCCUGCAUCUUUGGGUGUCUAUAGCAUGACUCCCCAUUUCUCUCCCCUUACCAUAGAUCCGCCACCGUCAGUUCAGACUCCUGGCCCCCAGGUAAGAGCCUGGUAAAAGCCACCUGUAUCUGGGGACAGAGACACCUGGGUCUGAGGCCCCGCCUGCUCUGGCCACUGGUGCCCUUGAGCUGGUAUGGCCCCACCCAGGCAGCGGGAGUGUCCUCAUCCAAUGGGAUGGGGUGACAUGGAGGAGGAGGCUUCUCCCGCCCCCAGGAAACACAGGGAGCACCCGGCUUCCUCGAUGGGAGGCUCAUUACCCCAGCGCUCAGUGGUUUUGAGGGGGGAUUCACGCCAGGACUUGGCACAUACUACAAAGUGUGGGGGGCACCCCCAGCACUCCCUCCCGCGGCUGGCCGGGGGAGGGGCUGUGACGUUCGGUGGCCUCAUGCUGCUGAGAGGAAGUAGCUAAUUGCCGACCUGAUGACUGGGCAGGCUAAGGAAUGGGGUGAUGAUGCCACCCGCGGAAGCAGGCGCCCCAGCACAAGGAGGGGGCCCUGCAGGGAUGGGGUGGGCCAGGCCAGGCUCUGCAGAGGCUGAGGUGGUUGUGGCCAAAGGAGCAGGGGGUGGGGGGUUGUUGAGGCUGGGACCGUGGGAAAAGACUUCUCCCCAGCUUCCCUCAGCUUUAAGGGAAAAGAGUUGGGAGGCCCCAGGGUAUGAAGGGUUUUGGGAAGGGGCUACAGGGGGCGGAGGGGGAGGAGAGGGUGGCAGAGGCUUGCAUCUACACUCCCCAACCUUCCCGUGCUUCCCACCCUUGCCUUUAGCCCCUCUUUGGCCCCUGUGGCCCCAGGCUGGUGAGGAAGGAGGGAGCAGACAGAGGGCUCUUUUUACCAUAAGAUCCCCCGGGGCCCAAGCAGCCUACCUGGCCAUACCUACUCUGCUGAAGGCCAGAGCAUCCAGAAGUGGUGAGACUUCAGGUGUUCUUGAGGACAGGAAGAGCAGGUGCUUUGGACAGAGAGAACAGAACAGGCGAAGGCUGGGCAGUGGGCUUUAUCCACCUGCGCGCGGGGAGCGGGCCACAUGGCUAGGUGCGGGGACACCGCUCGAUGCCCGCGGAAGAUCCGCUGGACCGGAGAGCGCCCCCUGGAAGCCAGGGGCGGUGGGGGCACGCCCCCUCCUGGCCACGCCCCCAGGCCACGCCCUCCCGCGAUGGCGCCUCCCACGGCAGGAGUCCUUUCUCCACGGCCUCUGCCGCCCCCUGCGUCCCCACCCGGACCUCGGAGAGUCUGACUCAGCCGAGCCCGCAUCGCUUCACCUCUCACCACACACCCGGAGCGCGCGGAGAAAUUACAAGAUUGCAGGGGCACUGCUAACGCGCUCUAAUUACCCACCGCCGCUCUUCUCCGCGGCGCUCUGCGGCGCUGGGCCAACGCGCCCUAAUUAGGAACCCGUCCCUUUCCCCGGGCCCAGGAGCGCGCGCGGUGGCUCUGCCCGCCGACGCCUCCUGUUGCCCUCCGAGACUGCCCUGAGACCCCCACCUGUGGUGGGGAGA